AUGACACCUCAAUCUCGUCUGCCUUCAGCUACUCCUCAAGGGAAGAUGUUCGGAGCGAAAUCAUCAUCUGAACCAUCGAUAUCUCAAACUCCUAAUACAAGUAAGAAGAAGGAGGAAGAAGGUGAAUUUCCUUUCUUGGAUUUUCUUACAUGUAACAUCUGUGGAGAACCGUUUUUUACAGGUUUAGAAAAAGGGAAAGUCUUUUGGUUAUCUUCUUGUGGUCAUGUGAUGUGUGAUGCUGAGGAACAUGACCACAAAGAGGGAUUAUGUACCACCUGUGGGAAGAAGAUGAAAUGUGUGUCGUUGCAAGAAGGUCAUAUUCAACCAAUGCAGAAAGCCUUCCUGUCAAAUACCGAAAGAGGACUCGAUGAAUCCCAAGCAGGCAUGCAAGCUCUUUUAGAUCAGUUAUCAGAAAAGGUGAAAGGCCUCAGCACGGUGAGGAAUGCGGUCAAAUUCCAGAAUAAUCAGCAUAAAAGAGCGAAAAUGCAUUACGAUGACCAGAUUGCGAAAAAAGAUGCCGAGAUGGAGAGUCUGAGAAACCAAGUUGAUAUCUUUGCCACAGAGAAUGUUGAACUGAAGCAGAUCGUCAAAACCCUUCAGUCCGAAUUGCAAACGCUCCCCUCGGCAAAUCAUUACGACUCUCAAGGUCUCAAUACCAUAAUCUAUGAAACUCCCAGGCGACUGCCAAUGCCGCUUCUCACCGAUGGAAGGUUACCAACAGUACCCGAGGAAGACGAGGGCUUGUCCGUUUACAGGAAUGGAAUUAGUAUGGGAAGUAGUCUGGGUAAAAGGCAAAGGCUUGCGUUCGACGAGCAACAACUACAUCCCUUCAUUCCGAAUUCGCAAGUGGCUAUGGCUACAAGUCCUAUGGGAUAUAACGCUCAACCUGUCUACAAUGAUGAUCGCAUCCCGCAAACUCCAUCUGCCCGUCCUUAUUCCGUUAGUGCAUAUGCUGUUCGUCCACAAAGCGCUGGUCCGCCCAAGCCAAUUCUAGACCGAUAUCGAUUUAAUGGCAACGUGCAAAAUGGUAUAGCGCCUCAAGUGUACACCCAAGGAUAUAUACAGGAUAAAUCUUUUCCCAUGCAAAGACCAGUCAGUGUAUUCGAUGGACCUAGUGGGUCGAGAUAUAUUGGUGAUGAUGAUGGGCCAGAAACGGGCGGUGCAUCAUAUCCCGCAAAUGAGACCAUGAAUAACAAUGAGGGAUACCGGAAUUCGGAUCAAAUGACUAAUCAAAACAGUCACAACAAUAGAGUAGAGAACGAUGAAAUCAAAGACGCUAGGCGACACUCGGAUGAACCUAAUGACGAAGGAAAGAAAUUCCGUCUCAGCCAGGCUCACAAAAGACCACCGCCUCAACCGUUUUAA